ACAGAUCGAAGCAGGAAAGUACUCAUGCCCGAGGAUCGUCUUUAGUUUUCCGAGUUGAACCCCUAACCCGCUUCGCAGUCUCUUUGUCGCCGAGUCCCUCUCCGUCCUUUGUUUUAUCUUAGUUUCCUGCAUCCCCCGGCCGUGGCUCCUCGCCGGUCACUGUUAUUUUUCCAUUCAUUUCCUUCCUUCUCAUAUUUUUUUUUUUGCAAUAUCGUCACCGAUAAAUUCUGAAUAGUUUAUCGCCGUUUCUUUGUUUCAUUACAGUAUCUUCAUUCGCUGCUUUGUAGCCGUUACGGUCAUCACUGCUGCAGCCAUUUUUUCUUUUAUCUUACCUAAUUGCGAGCAAUAGAGUAAAUUCGUGUUGAGAGCUAUCAAUCUUAAAACGCUGAAAAUUUUGAACAAUUAGAAAGCGGUAGUCAAAUACAAAGGAGGCAAGAUGAGGAUUAUGAUAAAAGGUGGUGUGUGGAAGAACACGGAGGAUGAGAUCCUCAAAGCGGCGGUUAUGAAAUAUGGAAAGAAUCAAUGGGCUCGAAUCUCUUCGCUUCUGGUUCGUAAAUCUGCUAAACAGUGUAAGGCUCGCUGGUAUGAGUGGCUCGAUCCCUCUAUCAAAAAGACCGAGUGGACUAGAGAAGAGGAUGAGAAAUUGCUUCAUCUUGCUAAGCUAAUGCCAACACAGUGGAGAACAAUUGCACCUAUUGUUGGCCGUACACCAUCUCAGUGCCUUGAACGAUACGAGAAACUUCUUGAUGCUGCUUGUGUUAAGGAUGAGAACUAUGAACCUGGUGAUGACCCACGCAAAUUGCGUCCUGGAGAGAUUGAUCCAAAUCCAGAGUCAAAGCCUGCACGUCCUGAUCCUGUUGAUAUGGAUGAAGAUGAAAAGGAAAUGCUUUCUGAAGCACGAGCUCGGUUAGCCAACACUAGGGGAAAAAAAGCAAAAAGGAAAGCUAGAGAGAAACAGCUUGAAGAGGCUAGGAGACUUGCAUCCUUGCAAAAGAGAAGAGAACUGAAGGCUGCUGGUAUCAACACACGGCAAAGGAAGAGGAAAAGGAAGGGUAUUGAUUAUAAUGCGGAAAUUCCUUUUGAAAAGAGGCCUCCACCUGGCUUUUUUGAUGUUACUGAUGAAGAUAGACCAGUGGAACAGCCCAAGUUCCCAACUACUAUUGAAGAACUUGAAGGAAAAAGAAGGAUUGAUGUAGAGGCCCAACUGAGAAAACAGGAUAUUGCAAAAAAUAAAAUUGCUCAAAGGCAGGAUGCCCCAUCAGCUAUAUUACAAGCUAACAAAUUGAAUGAUCCAGAAACAGUGAGGAAGAGAUCAAAACUGAUGCUUCCUGCACCACAGAUUUCAGAUCAUGAAUUAGAGGAAAUUGCAAAGAUGGGUUAUGCAAGUGAUCUUCUUGCAGGGGAUGAGGCACUAACAGAAGGGAGUGGUGCAACACGUGCUCUUCUGGCGAACUAUGCCCAGACACCACAGCAGGGAAUGACACCAUUGCGAACUCCACAAAGAACUCCUGCUGGUAAGGGUGAUGCUAUUAUGAUGGAAGCAGAAAACUUGGCUCGGUUGAGAGAAUCACAGACACCAUUACUUGGGGGAGAGAAUCCAGAGUUGCACCCUUCAGAUUUUUCAGGGGUCACCCCUAAGAAAAGGGAGAUCCAAACACCAAAUCCAAUGCUGACCCCUUCUGCAACUCCUGGAGGUGCUGGCUUUACACCUAGAAUUGGCAUGACGCCAUCAAGGGAUGGGUACUCUUUUGGUAUGACACCAAAAGGAACUCCCAUCAGGGAUGAACUCCAUAUAAAUGAAGACAUGGAUAUGCAUGACAGUGCAAAGCUUGAGCAACGAAGACAAGCUGAUAUAAGAAGGAACUUGCGGUCUGGUCUUGGUAAUCUUCCACAGCCGAAGAAUGAAUAUCAAAUAGUUAUUCAACCACCUCCAGAAGAUCAGGAAGAAGCAGAAGAGAAGAUUGAAGAAGAUAUGUCUGAUAGGAUAGCUAGAGAAAAGGCUGAGGAAGAAGCAAGACAGCAGGCAUUGCUUAAGAAGAGAUCAAAAGUACUGCAGAGGGAACUGCCUAGGCCGCCUUCUGCUUCACUAGAACUAAUUAGAAAUUCUUUGCUGAGAGCUGACGAAGAUAAGAGUUCCUUUGUGCCUCCUACAUUUAUUGAACUUGCUGAUGAAAUGAUAAGGAAGGAGCUUCUAACGUUACUUGAGCAUGAUAAUGCAAAAUAUCCGCUAGAUGAGAAGUUGAUUAAGGAGAAAAAGAAAGGUGCAAAACGAGCUGCUAAUGCUGUUUCUGUCCCUAUAAUUGAAGAUUUUGAAGAAGAUGAGCUGAAAGAAGCUGAUAAUUUGAUCAAGGAGGAGGCUCACUAUAUCCGUGUAGCAAUGGGACAUGAAAGUGAAUCGCUUGAUGUGUUUGUUGAUGCUCACAAAACAUGUCUAAAUGAUUUGAUGUACUUUCCCACUCGGAAUGCUUUUGGUCUCUCAAGUGUUGCUGGAAAUGUGGAGAAACUAGCUGCUUUACAGAAUGAAUUUGAGAAUGUGAAGAUGAGGUUGGAGGCUGAAAGGGAGAAGGCAUUACGCCUUGAGAAGAAGGUUAAUGUUCUUACACAGGGUUAUCAGACGCGGUCAGAAAGGCAGCUGUUGCCACCAAUUGAAUCAAUUUUAAAGCAGAUGGACACUGCUGGAACAGAACUUGAGUGCUUCCAAGCUUUACAGAAGCAGGAGCAAUUAGCAGCAACCCACAGGAUCAAUAGUCUCUGGGAGGAAGUUCAGAAGCAAAAGGAACUAGAACAAACUUUGCAAAGGCGAUAUGGAAAUCUUGUGGCUGAGCUGGAAAGGAUACAACAUCUUACCACUAAUUACAGAACAUUAGCAAAGCAACAGGAAGAGAUUGCUGAAAAGAAUCGUGCACUUGAGUUCGUUGAGAUUGCGGCAAAGCAAGCUGCCAUGCAAAACUCGGAAACUUCUGAGCCUUUGCCUUCGGAUAAUGUUGGAAGCACUGUGCUAGUUGAUUCAUCUAAUCUUGCAGAGCAGCAAACAAAUGAGGCUCAGGACCUUGUUCAUGCCAGUCCAAAACAUAAUAUAAAUGCUGAUUCUGGGAACGAGCAUGCAGCUAUGGAUACAGAUGUUAGCUUAUCUACUGAUGCGCCUUCAGUGGUGGAGGGAUUGCAUAGUGUUAAUGUCACCGAGGCUGAUGAAAGUGACAAAGAAGUUACUGCACAGAACUUGAAUAAGCAAGGAGGUAAUAUUUCUGAUGUGGUAGUUGCAGAGGGAAAUAUGUUGAAUGAUAAAUCUGUUAGCGGGAAUGCUGGUGGCAUUGCAAUGAGCACUGAAGGUAGCGCUGAUGAUAUAGAGGAUGGUGCAGUUGCGGAGGACCAACAAAUUGUCACGGAAGCAACAAACCCAGAUGGUGUUGCAAUUAAACAAGGAGAGAUUGGCGAAGGUGAGAGAGCAGAAGCUGCCGAGGUUGUGAAGGAUGGUGCCAAUUCUGAAUAGGCAAUUGCUGAACUGAUGAGAGAAAAUUGUGAUAUAUAUGAAUGAAAAAGGAAGUUUAAAGUGCAAGGAAGUCUCAUUCAAAUUUUGCGACAAUAGCUUGCUUAAUUGGAGUCAUAAAAAUUCAAGUGUAUCUGCAAGCACCUUAUUUAGCUGCUCUAGUACAAGGACUUCUGCGGACUGUUUCCACAAUUUGUCCAUACUAAGUUUUUGCCAGAACUGAGCAUGCACGCCUAUCGUUUUAAUGCUUUGUUGAAUGCCCAAAGGGACCUUAAAAAAAGAAAAUACAAUCCCAUAUAUGGUAUGCUGCAAUUGAUGUCUCAGGAACUGUUAUGUCAUCGAACCUGUGAAGGAUUAUGUGACAUAGUUACUGGUAUUUAAUUAUAUCUAGUUAUAGUUCAUAACCGAUCAA